UUCAUUACAGAUUUCAAUAGACGAAAAUCAUUCUUUUUUGCUUUGAAUGCUGUUGAAAAAAAUACAAUUUUUCGAGCUUUAACUUUUGUGUGUACAUUGAACAACAAAUAAUUUGUAAACUUGCUUUUUAUAGCAAAGAAAACGUUUACUAAUUGCUUGAUGUCAUUCUUUUGCCCAUCUAAACAUGGCAAAAAUAGAAACACCCAAAAUACAGAACCCCCAGAAACACCGCUGUUCCCACGUCACAUAACACCAGGUCAAGCCAUGAACAUGAACGCACAGAGAAGAAGCACUGCGGGUGCGAAAGAGCAGCCCAUCAAGCCGAAAACAAUUUCAGCCGAAGCUCAAAUGACUUCAAGUGCUGGCCAACUUGAGGCUUUACUGCGGCGCGAAAAUGCUCGCAAGCAAAUGAUCGCGGAUGAGCAGCAAGCUCCCGAUUUUGACUUAGUUGUCCUUCAGAAUUUCAACCCCACAAGAAAGGAGGAGCUUUUGGCUUUCAAAAACGACAAACUGAAAGAAGUCAGGCGACUCGGAGAUUGGAUUUACGCUAUUAACAUCAAAAACAGAGCCGAGGGAUACAUUCCAGCUGCAUUUUGCACGUCGGCCGCCAAAAUGCUCAAAUCUGAUUGGCCGACGACUAGGCGGGAAAGGACGAGGAGUCAAGACGGAGAAAGACACCAGGAAGCGGGCAAUUAUUUUGACCCAAUGACGGAUUUGACAGACGCCACGAGUCGGGAGAGCAAAAGAGUUCACACUCUAGCGGACUCCGUUCCAUUUGUGAGGGAAAACAAAGGACUUUUAGUUGUCAUGUUCGACUUCGAAGCCCUGAACGAGAAUGACCUUGAGUGUGAGAAAGGGGACGUUGUGACUCUUUUGAACUCGGAUGACCCCGACUGGUGGUGGGUUAGUCAUCAGGACCAGUCUCUGCAGGGCUUCAUCCCCAGCUCCUUCGCCAGAACAUAUCAGGCAGUGUUAGACGCGCUUGAACAAGUAGAAAACGGCCCCCAGCUUCGAAGUUUAAACAACCCAGAGGCUUCAGUUCCAAAUGCAAACCAACCUUCCUACUGCUACUCCAGCCAUCAGCCCAAUUUUACCCAACAACGAGAAAAGCCUCUUUACUCUACUCAACCGAUUAGAACGAAUCCUAAAUUCUUUCAAAACGAUACAAAUUUAUCUCAGCCACUUCAAAUUAGAACUGAUUUUGCCGAUCGAGCCAACUUUGGGUCAAAUGCAGUUAAACGUCAGACACAAAAACAAACUUACCAAGUCGAAAAUUCAGUAACACUGCUGCAUAGAAUAGCAAAAGAGCCAUACAACGUACAAAACACGCCUCACAACAUGGGCGGAACUUCACAGCGAAUUAGCAAACAUCAGGCAGUUAGCAGAAUAGAUAUUUCGUCGAACAACGAACAAACCCAACAGAGUUGUGACUGGUUUGGAUCUGGCUCCACAACCGAAUGAGUCGGCUAGUUUAACGAAGAGUUUCCUGGUGACUGAGAAAUACGAGGCGAUGAAUUCCAACCAGCUGAGUGUAAUUCCGGGAGAGACUCUGUACGUUAACAUGAACUUGGCAAACUUCCAGUCCAAAUGGAUUCUGGCUCAGUCGC